AUGCCUCCCAAGAAGCAGCAGGUUCAGGAGAAGAUUCCUCUGGGCCGGCCCGGGAACAACCUCAAGAGUGGAAUUGUCGGCCUCGCCAACGUCGGCAAGUCCACGCUCUUCCAGUCGAUUACCAAGUACUCGAUUGGUAACCCUGCGAACUACCCCUAUGCCACCAUCGAUCCGGAGGAGGCUCCCGUCGUGGUUCCCGAUGAGCGCUUCGACUGGCUGUGCGAAAAGUACAAGCCCAAGUCUCGUGUCCCCGCCAACCUGCUAGUCUAUGACAUUGCCGGUCUGACGCGUGGCUCGUCGACGGGUGCCGGUCUGGGUAACGCUUUCCUGUCGCAUAUCCGCGCCGUCGACGCCAUCUUCCAGGUCGUCCGGUGCUUCGACGAUGCCGACAUCAUCCACAUUGAGGGUGACGUGAACCCUACCAGGGAUCUCGACAUCAUCAGCGAGGAGCUCCGUCUCAAGGACAUUGAGUUUGUCGAGAAGGCCCUUGAGAACCAGAAGAAGAAGACGCGCAUGGGUGGUCAGAGUCUCGAGCAGAAGAAGGCCCGCCAAGAGCAGGAGAUCAUUGAGAAGAUCCUUGCUUGGUUGCAAGACGGAAAGGAUGUUCGCAAGGGUGACUGGACUGGCAAGGAGAUCGAGGUCAUCAACCCUCUCUUCCUCCUGACGGCCAAGCCCGUCGUGUACCUGGUCAACCUCUCUGAGCGGGACUACAUUCGCAAGAAGAACAAGUAUCUGCCCAAGGUGGCCGAGUGGAUCAAGGAGAACGCUCCUGGCGACCCCAUCAUCCCUAUCUCGGCGUCGUACGAGGAGCGCCUGACCCGCCUCGAGUCGGAGGAGCUCUCGCUCGAGGAGCAGAAGAAGGCCGGCGCCGAGUCGGCCAUCUCCAAGCUGGUUAUCCAGAUGCGCAAGGCUCUUCAGCUUGGCAGCUUCUUCACGUCGGGUGCUGACGAGGUUCGCCAGUGGACGAUCCGAAACGGCACCAAGGCCCCUCAGGCGGCCGGUGUCAUCCACACCGACUUUGAGAAGACGUUUAUCCAGGCGAUUGUCUACAACUUCAGGGACCUCAAGGAGCUCGGAGACGAGGCCGAGGUCAAGGCCAAGGGAAAGAUGAUGACCAAAGGCAAGGACUACGUCGUAGAGGAUGGAGACAUUCUCCUGAUCAAGGCUGGUGCUGCCAAGGGUUAA